AUGCCAGGCCGGAGGCAGGGAAAGGCCAGGGAGUGGGGAGCCGGGGUGCCCCGAAAGCUGAGAGGCGACCGACGGCGAAGGUUCCAGGUCAACUUGUGCCGGAAGCUUUGCUUUCCGCAGAGAAUCCUCCCAGCACCACCCCACCCGCCUCGGCCCUCUCUCCCCCGCCUCCUGCAUUUCAAAGCACGGAAGUUCAGACAUCGAUCUCCCCUUCCAGAGCCGGGCGGCACCGAGGAAGAAGAGGGGCAGGUGGGGCCGCCCCGGUGGAUGCAGAGCCGGGGCGGGAAGGCCGGAGGGGCUCGUGUGGACGACUGUUCUUCAGCACGAGGCGCAGUUGCUUUAACUCCAGUAACUACGAGAAGUUCAAGGCUGAGCAGAAAGGGACCCUCUGCUCACAUCCCGCCGCCCUCCGGGGAGAGCCGCCGCCGCCGCCACCCGGCUCCGAGGGACCCCGCCGGACCUGCCCCUUCCACUGCGGCUCCCUCUGCCCUGCCUGGCGCCGGUCCUGGAUCGCCGGCUUCCUAUUUCUACCGGACUGGGCUCCUCGCGACUCACUUUAGCAUCCGGUUGCAGGUGGACCCUAACCUCCCUGGAGCUCCCUCCCCCGGCGGCACCCUCACCCCCGCCCCCAGAGUCCUGGCUCGCCUGAACACCCUCACAGUCUCUCCCCUCAAGUGGACCCGGUCCUACCUCUCUUUCGCUCUCCCCGCUUCGUUGUCUCCCCCCCCAAUCUUUUCCUAUUCCCCUUCCUUCUUCUCUUCCUUUGCCUUCCCCCCUCGUCUGCUUAUUUCUUGCAAUAGGAGUUUUAUUCUUUAUGAUCGGUUACCACACAACUACCCCCCCACCCCUCUGAAAGACUCCCUCCCUGUCCCUCCCCCCCAACACCCCUAA